AUGAGUUACGAGUGCGACUCGUGCGAUCGUGAGUUCUACUCGUGGAAUGGCGCUCGGCAACACAUGAGCGCCCUCGAUCAUUGGAAAUGGCCAUAUGAGUGCAACUCGUGUGAAAGACGAUUUGGAAGCCAGCGUGCUGCCGAUCAACACAUGUCCGCACUUAACCACUGGGAUUCAGACUCUUCUAGCUCGGACGAUGAUGAGAUCGAAUGCGACAAGUGUGAUCAGACCUUCGUCUCGUGGGAGGCCUGCUCGCAACACAUGACGAGUCUUAACCAUUGGUUCACAGACGUCUGCGAUACCUGUAGUAGACGAUUUGUUAACAGACAUGCGUUGGAGCAGCACAUGGACCAUGUAGGGCACAAGUCAUCGCACUAUUGCUCCAGCUGCGACCGUCACUUCAGAUACCCUAGCGACCUGUUUCAACAUUUGAACUCGCCCAUUCAUCUACGCACUGAGCCCAUCCAUACCGCCCCAGCAACUCCUAUCAGAUCAACAACUACUCGUCAAUCUGCACCUACUGCCGCUACUUCUCACAUCUUGCCUGUUCCUGGCGCGCCAGAUGCAACUGGUUCCCAGCCAACUUCCCGUCCUUCAGCCCGUACGCCUGCUGCAAAUGCAACGUCUGCUCGGCUCUCCGUCCGCGGUCAAACUGUCAUUCCUUCUCCAGCGGUUGUCCCUACGCUGCCAUCCAGUUCGGCCCUGCCUGAUAUUCAAUCCACAUGCGCUGGUACAGGUUCCUCGUCUUUCAGUGUAUUUGUUGAAAAGACUUCCUCUUGCCCGUGGACUCCCUAUCGAACCUUUUCUUUCGAUGAACUCAGAUUAGCCGAUUACAGAGCUGGUCGUAAACCUGUCAUUACCAGUGAACGACCUGGUAUCUUUGGUCAGAGCAACGACUCUACUUCCGCUGUCGUCUCACUAACCGCAUGUGCUCCAACCAAUGUCAGACUCGUCUACCACAACAAAUCUACUCAGACCGACGCAUCCCGUCCGGCAUCAUCAUUGUAUCUCUCAGCAGCUUCCUCUCGAGCCACCACGCCUGACUUCACUGCCGCGACCACCCCCACCGGCAGCGCCAGCUUUCACCACAUUCACGAAACACACUCCAAGUUGAUGAAACUCGUCAAGAACGAUGAUGGCGAGCUCGAAUGGAAAUCCCAAGCCUAUGGGCCUGUUCGUAUUGUUGUCUCAAAACAGACCCUCACACCGCGUAUGGUACACAUGAGCGUCCCCGUCAAGGGUCAAGAGGAACCCGAGUCCUUCAUGUGUAGAUUCGAUGAGGAGGCAAAGGCCGAGGAGUUGUUGGACAAACUACACAAAGCCAUUGCUGAAGCUCAAGCUUCAUCUGAUAGCUCCACACUCUUCUCGCUCAGUGAGAUCAAAGUGCAGCAUACAGAGCCUGCCGAAAAGCCGGAAGUUGGUGACCGUCCCUUCUGUUGCACAGGACCCCCAAAAGAGACAGAGAUUGUCAACUGUCCGUUCUGUCGACUGGGCUUCUACGCCGUCUCGGAUGUCAUCCAGCAUCUCGAAACCACAUCUUGUCUGGCACGCUCGGACUUGAAUCGCAGCAACAUUCACCUACGAUUGGAAGCUGUCGCGACAAAUCUCUUUCUUCUCCUGGCUGCGCUGCAUGCUCAUUUUGAGGGUGAGGAGUGUCUAUACACCGACCACGAAAAGCUGCGGGAAGCAGUCGGCAACUUUGAGCUUGUAGUUCCUCCGUUCGGGUCAUGCUAG